AUGGCAGAUCAAAAAGAGCCAAAAUCAACACCACCCCACCAGGAUGAAGAGGAUGACCUCUCAACAGGCGACAUGUUCGCCGUCCCAGAGGGCUACUACCCGCCUCCUCCUCCACCGCGCACCGAGACGCACACUCUCUCCAACGGCACCGUGCUGACGCUGCACCUGGUCGGCCACAGCGUCAUGGACGCGCAUCACGUCUGGAACGGCGGCCGCGUGCUGGCGGACCACUUCCUCGCCGACCCGUCCCUGGUGGCCGGCAAGACGGUGCUCGAGGUUGGUGCCGGCGCCGGGAUCCCCAGCCUCGUGGCCGCGCACCUCGGCGCCGCGGGAGUCGUCUCCACCGACUACCCGGACCCUGACGUGCUGGUCGCGCUGCGCCGCAACGUCGACGAGUGCGACCUGGUGCCGCAGCCGCGGGCGGAAAAGGUCGUCGUGGAUGGCUACGUGUGGGGCAAGGAGGUCGAGGCGGUCCUGGCCAAGAUGCCGGGGCCCAAGGCUGCGAGUGACGGCGUCGACGUCCUCAUCAUGGCGGAUUUGCUGUUUAGGCACACGGAGCACGAGAACAUCGCCUUGACGAUCGAGAGGGCGCUCAAGCGGUCAAAGAACAGCAGGGCAUAUGUUUUCUUCACUAGCUACAGGCCGUGGCUGCGGGAGAGGGACCUCAAGUUCUUUGACGUGGUGCGGGAUCGCGGGUUCGUGGUCGAGAAGGUGUUGGAGAAGAAGAUGGAUACGGUCAUGUUCAAGGGAGACGCAGGUGAUGAGGAGGUGCGGAAAACGUGUGACGGUUAUGUUGUGACCUGGCCAGAGGACAAGUGCAUCGACUAG